GAUUCAAAGAAUCAAAGAUUGAUCAGAGUGAAAUGUUUACACGAGUUUUAUACACAAUAUUUUACAACUUGGAUGAACUACUCGCUCACUGCAAUACUAGUUUUGUAAUAUGGAAAGCAAAAUACGGAAAUAUAGUUGCCGAGGAGUAAAAUAGUCAAACGAUUUAAGAAAUGAACCCUUGUUCUCGUUCUGGUUCAGAUACUUCUGGUGACCGUGAUUCCAUUGAGAAUUAUGAGGUAUUGGAUCUGUUAGGUCGGGGAGGAUUUGCAUGUGUUUACAGGGCAAGAUGUCUUUCAACAUCACAAGGGGAAGUGGCCAUCAAAAUGAUUGAUAAGAAGCACAUGAAAGAUAGCGGAUUAGUAAAAAGAGUGAAAAAUGAAGUUGAGAUUCAUUGUCAACUGAAGCAUCCUUCCAUACUAGAGCUUUUCAGUUUUUUUGAAGACCCAAAUUAUGUGUAUUUGGUUGUUGAGCUUUGUGAAAAUGGCGAGGUGAACAGAUUUAUGAAAAAAACUGGGAAACCCUUCUCUGAAUCACAAGUUCGUAAGAUCAUGUCGCAAGUAGUAAAUGGAUUGCUCUACCUUCAUUCUCAUGGUAUCUUACAUCGUGAUCUUACGUUGGCAAACUUGUUACUCACCAAAGAUAUGAGUGUCAAAAUUGGAGAUUUUGGUUUGGCUACCCAGCUGCAAUUGCCGAAUGAGAAACACUAUACUAUGUGCGGAACACCGAAUUUUAUUUCUCCAGAGGUUGCAACACGAGGUCCGCAUGGUAUGGAGUCUGAUGUAUGGUCCGUUGGAUGCAUGUUGUAUACAUUGCUGGUGGGAAAACCUCCCUUUGAGACAGAGGCAGUAAAAAGAACCCUCAACAAGGUUGUCCUGGGCGACUACAGCAUUCCAGAUAAUAUCUCUCCCGAAGCACGUGAUUUGAUUACCAAGUUACUGAAGAAGAAUCCUGGCGAUAGGCUGCCUCUGUCAGGUAUACUGGAUCAUCCAUUUAUACUUGGAAAACGUAAUUUAAUGGAGAAAAAUCUAAGUGCGGAAAUACUGAAAUCGCAGUCAAGCAACGGAAAAAAACGAUUUGAUAGUUCCAUUGAUAGUGGCAACAGUACAAUGGCGACCAUGUAUGGCAUACCAACUGGUAUUACCAACCCUAAUCAGUCAAGAGGAAGCCUUCAUUCAAACACUAAACCAGUGUAUAUUUUACCUCGUGCUAGAAGUGAGGAGGACUGGCCACGACGUAACCCUUUUCAUCCCUCGUCACCCCCUGUAAGAGAACGAUCAAGCCAUAACUCCAGCACAUCUGCCAGUCAUUUCUCAUAUGAUUGUGACACGGCUCCUACGUGCAAACAACCUCUGCACUCAACUUCAUGGCUCAGUGAUAUCUCUCAAAAAUUGAAAAAACAAUGUAAACCAUCAACAGAAAAUAAGGUAACAUCGUCACACAACCAUUCCUCAGCACCUGAACUACAGCAUGUUUCACACGAUGAAGGAGCGUCGUCUUCGCAUUGGUCAAAAACAUUUUCUGCAAAUAAACACGCUCCUCGCUCAAAUAAUAACGAUUUAUCAAGAAGAAGUAAUCAAUGGAGUAGUUCACGCAAGGAUGAUAUUGAUAGCUACAGAUAUGAUCAUGAAACAGAGAAACAGAGACAUGAAAAUCAUCAUUCAAGAUCGAAUCAUGGAGAAGCAGUUUCGACCAGCAAGAAUGCUAUGAAUAGGUCAUGUGAUAGUUACAGUCGUCGUGUUAGUGAUCAACAUGAAGAAAAACAAAAGAAAACAAAAUCUAUUAGUGAUAUUGUUGAACCAUUAAACGCACAACGUUUAAAGCCGAUCAGGCAAAAAGCAAGAAAUGCUGUUGUAAGCAUUACUGAAACAAAUGAUGUUUGUUUGGAGUUUCUUCAACAAAGAGAUCAACAAUGUUAUGUUAUAGAAGUGAUCAGAAUAUCAAGUAAUGGAAUGAAGAUCACAACAUUCUUCCCGAAUGGCAAGAAAGGCGUUUUAUUAACAUCAGAACCUCCUCAAUCACAUUCUAAAUCAGCAGCUACGUAUCUCUACUGUUCACUGCCUUUCAAGUACUGGAAAAAAUACCAAUAUGCGGCACGGUUUGUCGAUCUUGUUCGUAAAAAGACUCCAAAAAUUACAAUAUAUACUAAGCUUGCCAAAUCUAUGCUCAUGGAAAACUCGCCGAACGCUGAUUUCGAAGCUUGCUUUUAUGACGGAGCUAAGAUCCACCAAUCACGGGAAUGCACUCGAAUUAUUAAUCCUAGCGGAGUGUCGUAUACCUUGGAAUCGAUAGGAGGAAAAGAUGGCAUUCCUCACGAUAUGAGAUCUUCAGUUGAACACAUGCAGUCUGUUUAUGAACAGUGUUUGCAUCUAGAUCGCGUGUUAACAGCAGCAGAAGAAGAAUGUCAGGAAGCUCAGUUCUUCCCAGUCAUUCUUUGCAGACGAGCAGUAUCUUCACAGGCAACUCCAGGUGGUCAUUCACAACGAAACAGCAACAGUCGUUCAUCAGCAAACGGUCCGAGCACGCCGACAUCACCAUGCACUGUGGCACAAUUAUCUACAAUGAAAUCAUUUAAUGGCAAGAUUGGGACGACUCAUGAUUUCAGCACGAUGUCAAUUACGAAGUCCAGUCCCACCAUGUCUCAUAACAAUGAGGUUGAAGUGUCGCCUCAACGAAAAAACCAUUUGAUAGCAAAUUCAUCAACGUGGGAAUCGAGGAGUAAAAUAUCUGAACCCGAAGCGAAAGUCCUCAAAAGCGUUUUCGUUGCUGAUGUUGGAUGGUCUUCACAGCUUUCAAAUGGUGAAAUCUGGAUGCAAUAUAACGAUGGUUCACAACUACUUGUCAACCCUGAAGCUGGUCUUGUAAAAUAUACGGAUGAAUAUGGCGCAAUAACAAAAUUUGCUAAAAAGGACAGAAUACCAAAUAACAUUAAAACCAAACUUGCAGGCCUGCCUGAUAUAAUUGAGUUGUUUAUAUCCCCAGCAAUCUGUUAAUUAUUGAUAUUGUAUAUAAUAUAUAACAUGAUAUACAUGAUAUGCAGAGGUCAUAGCCGAAUAUUUAAUAGCUACUAUAGAUUUUA